CGGUGGCGUCCCAAGAUGGCUUCGUGGCUGCCGGAGACUCUGUUUGAAAUUGUAGGACAAGGCCCGGCGCCGAGCAAAGACUAUUACCAGUUGUUGAUCACCCGCUCUCAGAUCAUCUUUAGAUGGUGGAAGAUUUCUCUGAGAAGUGAGUUUCGGUCAGCAAAACCUGGAGAGACAAAGGAAACCCAUGAAGAUUUCUUAAAGAACUCUCAUCUUCAAGUACAAGUCGCCUUAAUAUUUGGUGCAAGAAUAUUAGACUAUGUCUUCAACCUGUGUGAAGGUAAAUUUGACUACCUGGAGCGGCUCUCACACAAACUGCUGAUAAAGAUCAUCUGCUACCUGGACCUUGAAGAUAUUGCCAGGCUCGCUCAGACAUCAAGAAGGUUCGCAAAGCUGUGCAAGUCUGACUCACUGUGGGAGCAGAUAGUUCAGUUGGCCUGUGACACCAUCACCCCUGACAUGCGGGCCCUGGCGAAAGACGUGUGCUGGAGACAGGUGUUCUUCACCAACAAGAUCCAGCUCCAGAGGCAGAUUCGCAGGAAGAAAAGACAGGGAAAGCAGGAUAAGAAGCAUGCUUAGGGGCCAGCUGUCCCCAUCAGUGGGGCCACAGAUGGUGCUUCUCUUCAGAUCUAAAUUUCAUUCUCUUUUAUCAACAAUUGUUGCUGAUUCCAGGAAUCACUUGAAAAUCACAUUUUGUACACACACGCAAAUCCACCCAGUGCCUUGCUUG